AUGUGGAAGAGCCUCAUUUCCACUAGCCAGCAGGCGACUCGCGCAACCCCCCGCAAUUGCUUCGCGGCACUUUGCACAACCCCAUCGACCGCGAGCGUGCCAUUUCUCGACUCGCAAAAGACAACCCCCCCCGAGGACAUCGAUCGCGAAGAACUGCGGCCCGAGCGAUCAGAAGUCACCAAGUCUGGGACUGACAAUGAAAUCGCUCAUCACGAUGCUGCAUUUGAUCCCACGAAUACUGCCCCGGAAAGCGAGCUCGCUGCGACAGAGAACGAGAGCAAGUCGACGAAUGUGAAAGGGUCACUCAAUAUGAGUCCCGCGAACAAGGAUGUGAGCGCAUGGCGGAGACCAACCGAGGGUGGUCCAGAUAGGAAUGUUGAUCGAGGAGUUUCAAGCAAGAAAGGCUCGCCGAACAAGCGACGGACAGUCCAUGUCAAAGAGGAUGGGACGCAUGUAUCGUAUCGAUAG